AUGGAUGGACUGUCGUCUGCGGCCAGCGUUAUCGAGGUCAUUCGGCUCGCAGGGAGUAUUGUGAAGAUCUGCGGGGGCUAUAUUAAGGAGGUGAAGGAUGCCAGAGAUGAAAUUCGGGAGCUACAGGAGACAGUUGCAGACCUUGCAGAAGUUCUUCAGGAGCUAAAAGUAUUCCUUCAAGGUCCUAACGGCGCGAAGCUCUCCAGCUCUCGGACCCUCGACAGAUCUAUCACUAAGUGCUUUUCAACUCUCAGAGUCUUAGAACCCCUCAAAGGGACAGAGGUGGAAGGAUUCAUGUCGGAUCUUGCGACAUACAAAUCAAACUUUACCUUAUCCUUACAGAUUGAUCAAACGAGCGUAGUCACCGGUAUAAGUGAGACUACAGAUCGGAUCGAUCGCAAUAUGGACCUAGAGCAAUUGCCGGUUGCGCGCGGGGCCGAGUUCGACUCGUACACGAAUCAAUAUGAAGAUUAUUGUCUUCCAGGCACCAGAGAAGAAAUCCUUCGGCAAGUCUUAGAAUGGGCGAGGUCGCCGCGCGGAAAAUGCAUUUUUUGGUUAAAUAGCAGGGCAGGGACCGGUAAAUCGACUAUCUCGAGAACGGUGACAGAGAUUUUACAAAACGCCAAUUUACUCGGAGCAAACUUCUUCUUCAAAAGGGGCGAACGGGAUCGAGGAAGUGCGACGAAGCUUUUCCCGACGAUUAUAAGACAAUUAGCGAAGAACAUUCCCCAACUAACCCCUAGCGUCCAGAAAGCAAUCCACGACAACUCUGACAUCGCAACAAAAGGGCUGAAGCAACAGUUUGAUAAGAUACUUCUCCAACCCUUACUGGGUUUAAAUCUAUCUACUCUCCCAAUCCCAAUUGUGGUGAUAGUGAUUGACGCACUGGAUGAAUGUGAUGUGGAUAAUGACAUGCGGCUCGUACUCCAAUUGUUACCACGGCUACAGGAGACACAGGCUGUGCGUUUACGAGUUUUCUUGACCAGUAGGCCUGAAUGGCCAAUUCUUCAAGAAUUCUCAAAGAUCACGAGGCGUGAAUAUGAAGACCUGAUUCUUCAUCAAAUUCCCGAGCCAGUGAUAUUGCAUGAUAUAUCUUUAUUCUUCAAGCACCGACUUUCCGUUAUACGGACGGACCGCUCUCUGCCUAUCGGCUGGCCUGGAGAUACUAAUAUUCAAAAUCUGGUUUCAUUGUCCGUUCCUUUGUUUAUUUUCGCUGCUACUAUAUGCCGCAUGUUUGAAGACCCCCAUUGGGACCCAGUAGACAGUCUCCAAGAGAUCCUUAUGCCCCGAAAUAAUGGAUCAAAAUUGGAUGGAACGUACCUUCCUGUGCUUAAUCGACUUCUCAAUGGACAGAACGAGAGACAGGAAAAGCAGCUGGUCCAAGAAUUUCAGCAAGUGAUCGGUGCAAUCGUGAUACUAGAGAGCCCACUAUCAGUUAUUUCACUUUCGAGACUUAUCGGCCUCCCCGAGAGGAUUGUUUAUCUCAGACUAAACCCACUACACUCGGUUUUGAGUGUGCCAGAUGAUGAGACUUUGCCGGUGCGGCUCUAUCAUCUGUCAUUUCGAGGCUUCCUCCUUGAUCCGGAAACACGUGGGAAGACUCCACUCUGGGUAGAUAAGAAGGAUAUGCACUGUAAGCUAGCCACUCGAUGUCUCCUUAGGCAUUUCUUGCACUGGGUAGAAGCAAUGAACUUACUAGGUGUCGGAUCAGAAGUGGUCGGGAUUAUCAACCUUCUGCAGACGGGUGUAGCUGGUGACAACCAUGAUUCAAUGUCCGAGUUUCUAUUUGAUGCAGAGCGCUUUAUCCUUAAAAAUUGCCAGAUAGCGGAUACUGCGCCGCUCCAACUUUAUCACUCAGGACUGAUAUUUACACCCGAAAUGUCUAUAAUCCGUAGAGAGUUCGAAACAGAAACUCCUGGGAGGACCCUCGAAGGUCAUUCAGAUUUUGUUUGGUCGGUGGUCUUCUCGCCCAACGGUCGGCUGCUGGCGUCUGGCUCUAGAGACAAGACAGUCCGAAUCUGGGACACCGCAACAGGUGGCCUGCAGCAGACUCUCGAGGGCCAUUCAGAUCAAAUACAGUCGGUAGUAUUCUCGCCCGACGGUCGGCUGUUGGCGUCCGGCUCUAGAGACAAGACAGUCCGAAUCUGGGACACCACGACAGGUAGCCUACAGCAGACUCUCGAGGGCUAUUCAGAUCAGGUUCAUUCGGUGGGCUUCUCGCCCGACGGCCGGCUACUAGCGUCCGGCUCUGCUGAUAAGACAGUUCGGCUCUGGAGCACCGCGACAGGUGGCCUGCAGCAGACCCUUGAGGGCUAUUCAGAUCAAAUAUAG